UAAGUUGGCAGUCUUAGAACGUUUUGCCUUUAACGGUCCCAAGAACUGUAUGCAACGCCUUUGGCGAAGGUGGCAGCGGGGGUUAGAAUAAAAGAGGUGGAAAGGGCCAUUCAGAUCUAUAAAAGCUUGCUUCCAGGCAGCAACAGCAGCAGCAAACGGAAUUCUAUGUCAAUAAUCACCAGAACCAGAAGAUUACAGAGCAAUACGAAGCCACCUGAAAGUCAGGAAUUGGGUAGCCUUGGUGCAUUAGGUGCAACUUCUGCGCUAUGGGAAAGAGAAACAAGAGGACAGCAGAUAGUUCGUCCUCUGAAGAGGAGGAGGAAUAUGUUGUGGAGAAGGUUCUAGACAGGCGUGUUGUGAAGGGUCAAGUGGAGUAUCUUCUCAAGUGGAAAGGAUUCUCUGAGGAGCACAACACUUGGGAACCUGAGAAGAAUCUUGACUGCCCUGAACUGAUUUCUGAGUUUAUGAAAAAAUAUAAAAAAAUGAAGGAAGGUGAAAACAAGCCCCGGGAGAAAUCAGAGGGUGCCAAGAGGAAGUCAAGCCUUGCCAACAAUGAUGACAUCAAAGCCAAAAAAAAGAGAGAGAGCACCGAUAUUGCCAGGGGCUUUGAAAGAGGACUGGAGCCGGAAAAAAUCAUCGGAGCCACAGACUCCUGUGGAGAUUUGAUGUUCCUAAUGAAAUGGAAAGACACAGAUGAGGCUGACCUGGUUCUAGCGAAAGAAGCCAAUGUGAAGUGCCCUCAAAUUGUGAUAGCAUUUUAUGAAGAGAGACUGACCUGGCACGCAUACCCAGAAGACGCUGAAAACAAAGAGCGGGAAGCAGUGAAAAGCUAAAGUGGCUGGGCUCCUUCGUCUGUCCGUAUAGUUGUACAUAUCUGCCCUCUCUCCCCUCCUUUCAAAUCCAUCCAUUAAAAGUGUGCUUAUUACUGUG